AUGCAGAAGGACAGAGAGAUAAAGUUUGCCGUGCAGGGGAAGGAAAGCGGUGUAAACAUUUUCAAGACCGACACCGCCAACCCGAUCACCUACGCUUCGCCCAGCAAGAAACACACGCAAAUCCGCAAAGUCGAUGCACCCGUCCCCGGCGUGUUUCUGCUGUACGACGUGUUGACGCCGGACGAAUGCCAGCAGUACAUCGACCUCACCGAGAACAUGGGCUAUGAGGAGGCCACCGUCACCACAUUUGGCGGCAUGGUCAAGAUGCCCGACCUGCGCAACAACGAGCGGGUCAUGUGGCAGUCCGAGGAGGACGUGUGGGGACCCAUCUGGCAGCGCAUCGAGCCCCACAUCCCCAAGGACGUCAACAUGGGCGCCGCCCGCUGGACACCCUACGGCCUCAACGAACGCCUCCGCUUCUACCGAUACGACAAGGAGGAGAUGUUCGGCGCACACUUUGACGGCUGCUUCCCGCGCAGGCGGUGGGACCAGUCGCUGCUCACCUUCAUCAUCUACCUCACGGACGACUUCGAGGGCGGCAGCACCAUGUUCUACCCCUCGCGCCACGAGGUGCGGCCGGUCAAGGGCAUGGCCUGCCUCUUCUUCCACGGCAGCCACCCACUCAGCCCCGAGCACGAGGGGAUGCUGGUGACCAAGGGGCGCAAGUAUGUGCUGCGCUCGGACGUCAUGUACCGCGCGCAGGGCAAGUGA